AUGCAUGAAGAAAAGAGCUGCAUAUAUGGUAAACUGAUUUACUGUAUAAAUCACCCGAUAAUUUUUCUGUCGCAGAAUUUGAGCGAGGCUGUAGACGUAGCCCUGGCAAUUCAAGACUCUGCAAAGAAAGACAGAAAGGUAAGAUAAUACAAUAAGAUAAAGCGACAUUAGAAUGAUCAUUGGAAUCUCGUAAAGCUUUUGUUAAGUUUUUUUCAAAAAAACUUAACAAAAUCGUUCGUAACCUGCCGUUUGUUCGUUACAACUUAGUUUCGUUUAAUUCGCUGUUUAAAUUUUUUCAUCGAUCUGAAAAUACUUUGGAAAGCCUUUUUCAGGCUGGUCUAACACGAAGCGCUCAUUUAGGCUUGUUACCCAUUCUUUCCCCAUGCCAUAUUUAGGCCGGAAAGAAACACAACGUCAUCAGGAAAAAGAAAAAUAUUACAGAUUUACCUUGACCUUAUUUUUUCAGUCAUUUACCAACGGUUAACUCGAGCCCCCACUAACUCAAUAGAGCUUUUGUUUCGCAAUUUAACAGUCCCCCCAUGAUGUUGUAACCAGGAAGACCACUGUCACGAUAUUCAAAGACACCGAUGAGGAGGUCACUACGGUUUGACGACAGUCAUCACUCCUUUGAAUGCAAUUUUCUGUUAAAUUUUGCUCAGUAGUUUUUUGAGUCAGUGACAGAGAAAAUUAUUGUUAGACAAAUUCUCCCUUAAUUAACAAAUAGAGAAGCCUUGGCUGUGCUCUGUUCUGUUAUAAAGCACUUAGGAAGCGGCUAGAGCACGAAAGAAGUGUAGUGUCUCACUUCUUGAGAUUGCUCCGAAGGCUUGCACGGAAAGUCGCGGAAUUCCUUUCUUGAAGAGCAUAGUGCCGUUUGAUUAUAUUUAUAGCAUGAGAGGAUUUGACGUUCUAAAGAAUCGGUUCAGGUUAUCAUAAUUUCAGUCAAUUUUACGGAGUUGUAUGCCACAAAGCCUGAAACUGAAAAAAACGCAUCACCAUCGCAAGCAAAAAAAUUGCACUUGUAACCGCGGCUUUAGAACAGGGUCUUGGUUUGCGUUUGUUGCUCACUGAUAUUGACGAAGUUUUUCAUCCUCUGGAAAAAAGAACAAACAAAAAACAAAAACCGAGAUGAACUUGAAUCCUUUGAGAGAUGAGUGACUGAACGCCGCUGAAGAUUUUAUGUACCGUGAAGAUGGCAUCUGAUUUUCCAGACGGCAAGAUUUGUGAGACAAGAUAAGAAGUCUAUUGUCUUUUCACUCUCCUGAUCUCAAACGACAUUUUCUACCGACGAUCUUUAUUACAUUACGGCUUAUUCUCGAAUACAUGUCAGAACAUAAGGAUGCUCGUUACUCGCAUUUAUCCCCACCGAUAUCGACACCCUGGUUUCAGCAAUGAAGAAUUUUGAAAGGAAACCCAAAAAGAAACCAUCUAAUGACAACGCAAAUGCCUACAAAGUAUUUAAACCGCGGGCGAAUUAGUUAUUUAAUGGCAUAUGCUCUUAGCGCAAAAAAGCAGCAAUAUUCCUUGAUAUCGAUCAAUUCUCAUGAUACACGCGGCCGCUUCGUAAGAAACGAUUAAAACAAUAGGUGGUUAUUUUCUCACCUCCCUGAUAAAAAUGAUCCAUUGUCAAGUUUCAAGCGAUCUCAGUUCGCACUUGCCUCUCUAAUUGCUUCAAUUGCAUUGUAUUAAAAGCAAUCGCUUUGUUUAAGUUAUCAUUGAAUGAACACAAGGCAUAAAAUGAUGGUAACUAAAAACCUCCGGGUGUAAUGAGGACUGAUACUCGCUCAGUAAUGUUGUCGAAAUUUAAGGUUAAGUCGGUCGGCGGUGGGAGUUUUCAAACUCAUUUUUAUCACAAUCGAGAACAGAGUUGCGCGCUGGUACCGACACAGCCAUCUCUUAUAGAAGUUUAUGAGGCCGAGAUAAGACGUCUUCGGGAAGAGAAUCGCAAUUUGAAAAUUCAGCACAACACCAUGUCGACCAAAAGGAAGGCAGAGCAGUUUAAAACUUUCACCUCUUUGUUAAAUGCCGCGCACGCCGUCAGAGUUUUCACUGGAAGACUAAAGUAGAACGAUAGCCCGCAAAUAUUACUGAUUUUUUUAGUCCAGCCAUUUAACUCGGCGUUAUUCUUAAUUCCUAAGAAGUAUUUUCCCAAACGCCAAUUCUUUCUUCUAUUUUGUUUUACGUUACGACUAAAACUAGAUAGUUUUAAAACUAUCACCUCUUUGUUAAAAACCGCGCGCGCCGCCAGUGUUUUCACUGCACGACUAAAUUAGAACAUUAACCUUUAAAGAUCAUUUUAAAUCCAACCACUUAAGUUGAGCGUUUUUUAAUUCCUAAGUGGUAUUUUCCCCAGCACAAAAUUUUCUUCUUCUUUCUUUACGUUACGAGAGUGAAAGCGUGAUAGUAUUAAGACUAGCGCUUAAGACUAGCGCUUCUUUGAUAAGAGAAACAAAACUCUUGACCAAGUGAAACCAUCGAUAAAAGCUUCAUCGUUUUGCGGCGUUGUGCUGCACGCUAUUAUCAACUGAUCCAAAGUACAGUAUAAAGAAUUCAGCAUUUCCAGGUAUCUUGUUUGGGGUUAAUAACAAUAGUGAAUUGUUGCUUUUUUUCCUCUCGUCCUCUUGCCGAGUAUAGUUCGUGAAUGUUGUUAACAACAAAGCAUCCUUAUUGUGUUAAUAAAUUUAUAAUCAACUGGUUCGCUGAUGAAAAAAAAAAUACUGAGAGACCAAGCAUAGUGAAGGGCAUUUUCUCCCUUGGGUAGCCCUGUGUGAACAGCACGCUUAUGAGCAACUUUUCCAACCCCUCUCCCCAAGUGCCGCUAAUUUGACACGCCGACAAUUUUGCGUCGAUUUCGUCGAGUCUCGGCACAAUUUCCUCAGCGCAACAAACAACAAAAGGCUUUUGUUUGAACUUGUGAAGUCGAAUUUAACCCACAACAAUGGCCCAUUUCUUGAUACGAGAUAUAAAGAUAACCGAUUCGCAAGAAGUUUGAGGUCGUUCGCAAACAUUUCUGAAUGAAUUCACUAGUUCAAUUCUUCCACAAAAAAUUUUUGUCUGUCUCUUACUGCUUAUGGCUUCACACUGAUAAGAAAAUAAUAUUUGGGAAGGCCGAUCAGAAACGCUUUUGUGACGUUUUCAGACUUUAAAUACAAGUGAUGAAUAAGCAAAUACCUAUCUAACCCGCCAACGCAUUUUUCCAAAAGGGUUUUAACUGGCUCUGUGAGUAUAUAACUACGUACAACCAAAGCGGUUUGUAUUCCCAAUGCAAGCAGACGGCCGGGGGAGAUGAAAUUCUACGAGUAAACACUGAAGUUAUAGGUAAUAUUUUCAAGAUCUAUGACUUUUUCGGCUCAUUGUUUUUAUAUCCAUAGUGCAACACUAACAAGGGAUUAGAUUAGAUCCUUUGCUAUAGGAUUUGGCUAUAUGUCUGACAACGAAGAAUGUAGUAACAUUUACGAAUCCAGAAAAACCUUUUCAGACGGAGCAAAUCAAGUUUAUGUAGACUACAGCAUUUUCUUCGAGUUCUGAAUUCAUACAACACGAAAGAUUUCAUAACAGCAGCCGCUUCAUGUCUCAGCUAUGAAUUUGUCACAGAAGCGUAGGAAGGGCAGUAGCAAUGUUUAUCGCGUGCAAAAUUACACAAUAUUUGAGAUUCACGUCAAUGAAUAAUAUUAUUGGUGAUAGUAUCCCAAACUACUAGUUGAGUUACUUUCAGCAGCUCGUUACGAUAAACCGUGACGAUAUGGCCUCGGUGUCUUUGAGCACAAAAGUCUGUAAAAGUCAUUAUCAAACUUAAGAGUUUUCGUUUCCGUUUUCGUUUUCGUUUUCGCUUUCGUUUUUGUUGAGCUUUGUUUGUUUGAAAACAGAAACAACACCGCGGAAAUAGGGGUAUGUCACGGAAAAGGUGUACUCAUCAGAAAGUAAAUUCCUAUCAGUCUUGAGGGAAAAAAAUCUUGCCGGCACACUUUUCUUUUUGAAGAAAGGGGCUAACUUUCUAACGAAACUGUGGUGGUGCGUCGGUGGGGGAGUGUAAGAAGAAAAUUAAUUUGGUUUUAUCAACUGAAUUGAUAAUGUAAAUUAGCCACUGUAAAGAGUUUCUAAGCUUAGAAACUCUUGACGGUGGCCGAUUUACAUUAAUAUCUCAGCUGAUAAUACCAAAUUGUAUUUUUUUGAAGAAUUGCUUUGUUUCCUAAUCGGUUCUCAUCUCAGAAUUAUUUUAUUUUUUCUCUUGCAGUCUUUGUGAAAAACUCUGCAUACAACAAACGAAAUAUUACAAUGAGGGGCAAUCGACAAGGAAUAGGUGAGGGACAUCUGCCUGUUUGCCACAAUUUUCAGAACACAUAUAGAAACUUACGUAAAUACAACGCUAAAGCUUUUCAAUUUGAAGUGGCCGAGAGUCGAACCAACUAUUAGCCCAUGCAUGGGAUUGGUAUGUGAAUUCUUGGGCUUUUUUAAAAACAGCACAAUUAAUUUUAUCAAUCACAAGGAACAACAGCCGAACUUCAAACGUUUCGGAAUGUCUUUCGAUGUUGAAUUGGGACAGAGAACAGUAGGGCUGUCUGAAACAGUCCACCUUUCACUAGACAGCCUAUGAUUUUCUUCAAGUUUACUGAGUUCUGUCCAAUUCCAUUUCCAAACUUGACAGGCUUGUUCAAUCAUUCAAGAUUGAAAACAUUGUCUUGGAAUGAGCAGAUUUAGUUGUUAUAAUUCGCUUCUGCCUUGGAAAUGGCAGGUUCGAAAAUCAUGUCAGAAUAUUUGACUCAUUUAUAGUCCUUUGUACAGAAAUUAUUCAUCGUCAUCGAUGGCGUAGAUCAGCGAAAGCCUAGAACAAAGAAGAAUUGCAGUAGCUCAGGGCCUCAAUCGACUCGUCCAUUUAAUCGGCAUGCUACUGAAGGAGAACUUCAAACGUUUACUACUUUGUUUGCCAGAAAAUCGAUUUAUUUUUUAUGCUACUGAAGGAGAACUUCAGACGUUAUUUUUAGAAAAUCGAUAAACCCAGAAUCUAGCCAAAUUGCAAAAUUUAGGGCAAAGCAUAAAGGACGACAUAAAAGCAGUGUUUUGAGCUGCUUGAACAGCUUUCACGCGUUCGUUUAGUGGGUACUAAAGCAUAAAAUCCGCUAAGAAUAAAACAAUUACGAUGCCGACAAAUAAUUCUUUUAAACUGUAAAUAUGUCUUUUCUACGAAGAUAUUAUGUGCGCGAUCGUCAAUUAUGGAUUUUAUCUGGGAAAAAAAAUUCCCUUACUGAAAUCGAAAAUGAUAUUUUGGCGUCUGACCGGUAACAAAUCAAUUUAAUCGUGAUUGGCUGAUUAAGUUUUAAGACUCCCUCGGGAUCUCGGAAUAGACUUCCCUUAGGAACUGGUCCUUACUUUUCGCCUAGAAGAGGGAGGGGGGCGCGUUGUGGAAGCGGAGUUUUCAUUUUUGUCGCAAUCAAACUCACCCGAUCCCCCCAUAAGGCUCUUAAGUAUACUAACGAUCGCCCUUAUUGGCGGUCAAUUUUCCAUAGUCCACUUUUGACUUUAUCACAGAAGACUGAUUCCCCCCUCAGCUCUCCUGAGAACCAUGCGAAAUCCUCCAAAACCCCCAGACGAUAAAAAGACUGGUCCCUUAGCAAAAGUAGCCCUACGAAGUUGUUAUAAUUAUUUUAAAUUUUAUUGUUCUUGAUCUUUUAUUUUCAGGCGCUCGUUUAUUUCAUUCUGUAUAAUAACUUCUUUCCUUCAGGUUCUGUUAUGUUAUUUCUGGCACUUUCCGUUCAAAUUAUACUAUCAACGCACGCAGCCCCAAUGGAUUGCCAAAAGAACACUGCUGUCUGCUUGGAAGAAAUAAUGAAGGAAAUGACCCAAGUUCGAUUUGAGUUAAACAUUCUCACUGAGAACAGAACAUUAAUAAGACGUAAGUAAGAUUGUCUUCGCUUUACCUGUAUAGAUCAUUUCCAUCUUCCUUUUCUCUUUAUUAACUUAAUCAUUGCUUGGUGCAGAGUGAAAAACCUACGGAAGUCCUAUAACGGCGGAAUGGCGAUUUCAAUUUUUUUUUAAGUAAUCAAUUUGCGGUUCUAGAGGGCAAAAUUUUCUAAUCGGAGUUCCAUGUUUCAGUUUGGUGGCGAUUCUUUACUCACGCGGCGAUGUGGUGAAACAUUUGCAAGGAAAUGUUUUUCGGCGUAUUGUCAUCAUCGUCUUCAAUGUUAUCACAAUUUUAAAAUAUUCAUUAAAAAAAUCGAUAUAGAAGAUAAAUGGAGACGAGAGUUAAGUAUGCAGGUAUCCUUGAGCCAGUCAAAUCGGACUACUAAGAAAGAAUUUAGCCCUUUAUAGUAAUAACAAGUUAUCCCAUGUUCCCUUACAAAAUUAAGAAUUAAAUAUCACCCGUGUUUUCUUAAGUUUCAAAAUUGCCCGAGUCGCGCAAUUGAUUCUUGAAAACGUAUGUGAGUAUUAUAAACCCUUAAAUUUUAUUGGCUCCCUGCGAUUACCGAAACAAAUUUUGACAUAGCAAACUGUUUCAAUUGUUGUAGUCCCAGGAGAGACAAACUUACGAAAGUGUUAUCUUUACAUCCGAAUCCGGAAAGCGCAAGGGACCAAUCUGUUAAGGACAUUAGCCUAUUUAAUUUAUUAUUGAUUAGUUUAAUUAUUUCCAUUAUCCUAGGUACAAACAUGGUUACAAUGUUCAUCUGUUUGUCUAUAUUUUUAUUGGUUUUGUAAUCGGACCUUUCAGCGUGACCUUAUAAAAGCGAGUUUAGCUUCCCUGUGAUCAGUUCUUCGCAAGUUUUUGAUUAGUCUCAGUGAACUUUCGUAUUUUCGUUUUAAACCUUUGGCACAAGCGAGACCGAUAUGUAAGUACCUUUGUAACUUUGUUUUUCUAAAUUUAGUUUUCCAGCAUUGGGCUCAAGUAUAUAAUCAAAUAUUUCGUUGUAUUGCAGCAUUUUCAAUUGAAUCGAGAUUUAAAGGCCAAAUUUUUUCAAAUGCAAGUGAACGAAAGAACGAUAGGCUGUUAACCAGCCACCAAAUUCUUGUAAUUUUGUACUUUAACGUAGUUUGUAUUGUUUAUUUGUAUUGUUUAAUAUCAUUUUAAUCUCGUUAUCGGCGUUAAGGUCCAGCUUUUUACACGCGAUUUUUGAUUAUGUAUUUCGCAACAUUUUAUCAGACUGAUAGAACUUCGUCGCAUUAAUGUUUCAGUUUACGGUCGAUUGAUUGAUUGAGAGAUUGAUCGUUGAUUGUGGUUCGUGGAUUGCCUGCAAGAUUAAAGAUUCGUGUAAACGGUCAACUUUGGUCUGUUACAUUUCAUACAUUUCAGUCUCGAUCAGUAAAAUAGCCCCCAAACACUGCGUUAACCGCGUCUUGGAGCGACAUUUAUUGGAAUCUUAUAAAUUAGAUUUUUGGUCGCCGCAAGUGCCAGACAAUCAGAUUACAGGAAUCGGUUAAAAAAUAUUAUAUUCAUGUGUUAUGAAGAAUACAAGGUUUGUCUUCUUCUUGUUAUGAAAUGUUUACGGAUUCCUCAUCAGGUGGUAUAGGCAAAUCUAUAUACCUACCCCUUUUUUUAGAGUAGGCCCAUGACAUUGAAUACCUUUAUUUUAUAUCUAAAAGCCACGGACUGUGCUGAGCUCUACAAAUCCGGUAGAACGGUUAGCGGAGUUUAUACAGUUGAUCCUGAUGGUUCAGGUGCCUUUAAUGUAUAUUGUGACCAGACCACAGCCGGUGGAGGCUGGACAGUCUUCCAGAAGAGAAUUGAUGGUUCCGUUGAUUUUAACCGAACCUGGGAUGACUACAAACAUGGCUUUGGCAACUUGGUUGGUGAAUUUUGGCUCGGAUUAGAUAAGAUAAACCGCCUGACGCAAAACAAGACAAAGAAUAAGCUUCGAGUUGAUCUGAGAGCAAUUACCAACAAAAUUGUUCACCCUGAGUAUGAUUGGUUUGGAAUUGCGACCGAGACGAACAAAUAUCGGCUGUACAUUGGCAAAAUGACGACAAGUAAGUCAUCGAUCAACCAGUUUUUUAGCCAUAUUGUUCGAAUUUUAUCUUUGCUACCCCUUCAUCGGCAAAGGGUCCUCCUGGCCCCUUCCCCCUCAUCCUUCUCCUCGCAACCAACAAAGAGUGUUUUUUCCUUGCUCUUUACCGUUUGGCUAUGUUUAGCAGUGAAUCGCAUUCUGCUCAUGCGCAGUUGAGUCCACACCCCUCCGUAGAAAAUGGCAAUUUGCUUUCGAGGUUGUUGGAGAGUGAUUCCUUAGAUACAUUACGAAAAAGCAAACUCUGAAAUUGAAUUUAAAAAAAGUUACUAAAAUCGUUUCUACCAAAAUAUUGUAGUUGUUGGAUUAUCUGACUUGCGCGCUCUUAACAAAAUCACGAUGUUUUGCUCCACCUCGACGCAUGAAAGUCAAUCAGUUAUCAUCAUCGACGAUUGAAAAUAAAAUUCAUUCUUUUCAUGUUAAGAAAAAUCUGUUUCAUCGAAGUAGUAUGUCACUACUGGUGUCGAAUUUUUUUGUUUUCUUGUCGGUCAAACAUCAUCCUUGAGGCUCCAAAAGACAUUAAUCCAAGAGAUUACACACUCUUGCGUAAUGCUAAAAUUAUGCUACUAUUUUUUUUUCGUUUGGAACAGAUGCAACUGUUUGCCCUGAUUCCCUCAGCCAACACAAUAAUUUCGAUUUUGGUAUCUGGGAAAGAGGUCCUGCAGAUCGCGUUCAAAAAAGAGGCGUAGGCUGGUGGUAUGAUGAAGAUAGAGAAAAUGCUGUUUACUCAAAUCUUAACGGUAUCUAUCCGCUUUGUGGAAGUGAAACCGCGACUGAUAUCCACUGGGGCCAUUUAGCUCCAAAGAGGGGCGCCGCGGGCAGCGCUCCUAAAUCAUCUGAAAUGAAAAUUAGGCCAGUGGAUUUCUUUUAGAGUUAACCAUACACUCCAUAAGUGAGCUGUGAUUUUUGCUCUGACCUGUUACAUCCUAGGUGUUAAGUGUGUAAGAUUUCUCUUUUACUAAUUUUUGAUUGUAGAAGUAUUAAAAAAAAAACUUCAUACCGAUCAACAUAUUCUUAAGGGUUCAUUUAGAGUUAUUCAUCAUGUACUUUAGGGGUUUUAGGGUGUUGGGUAUGCAUUAGAUAUCUUACCUAUUUUGUUUUGACCUAUGAUAAUAUCAAAAUAAGGAGAUCAAUUGGUCUAGCUUUCUUUAAAACGACCAAACCUUACUCCACUUUUAGAUCACAACUAAGAAAUUAGAAUGUACUAAUUUAGUCUUUUGUACAAGCACUAGUUCAUGGAACAAUUAGUUAUGCUUUCGAUUGAUUUGAUCUGUGAAAAAGGAGGCCAAAGCCUGUAUUAGUUUAGUUGGUAUACGAGCAUAUUUGAUAUUCUCUUGGUUGGCCUCUGGCUGAAAUCCGAUUAACAAAUAAAAAC